GAAAAAAUCAAUAAAUAUGGAGUAGGAAACAACCAAGUCAAGCUUUUCCUUUGUUUUUUUCCUUUAUGAAACAAACUUCAUGCUGUGUUUUUUUCUCUCACUACUUCCUCUUCCUCCUAAACCUUCUACACUUCUCUUUGCAACUUUCUAGUUAGCAUGUUAAAUGAAUCAAUGCAUAUUAUACUUUCUUUGCUUGAGACAGUUAUUUUUGUUUGAUCCAAUUGUUUGUGCUAUAUUCAGAAAUUGUCAAGAAGUUUGGUGAAAACUAUUUUUAACAUGGAAAUAUUCAUUGUGUUGCUAUUUUUGGUAUUCUUAUGGGCUGAAAUUCAUCUUAUCUCUUCAUUAACUAAUCCUCAAGAUGUUGCUGCACUUAGAUCUCUAAAAGAUAUAUGGAAGAAUACACCUCCAAGCUGGGACAGGUCAGAUGACCCCUGUGAAGCACCAUGGGAAGGAGUGACUUGCAGUAAAUCCAGGGUUACUUCAUUGGGAUUGUCAACCAUGGGUCUGAAGGGUAAAUUAAGUGGAGAUAUUGGUGAACUCACAGAAUUGAGAUCCUUGGAUUUGUCCUUUAAUAAAGGUUUAAUGGGUUCUAUCUCUCUAGAAUUGGGAAAGUUAAGCCAGUUAAAUACUCUGAUUUUGGCUGGUUGCAGCUUCAGUGGUAAUAUUCCAGAUACAUUGGGGAAUCUUACAGAGUUAUCUUUCUUGGCUUUAAAUUCAAACAACUUCACUGGAAAAAUACCUCCUUCGUUGGGUAAACUCUCCAAACUUUAUUGGUUGGACUUAGCAGACAAUCAACUCACAGGACCUAUCCCAGUUUCAACCUCCACAACCCCUGGCUUAGACCUCCUUUUAAAGGCUAAGCACUUCCAUUUCAAUAAAAACCAGCUUUCUGGUUCCAUUCCUUCCAAACUUUUCAGCUCUGACAUGGCACUCAUACACAUAUUAUUUGAUGGGAAUGAUUUAAGUGGGAGUAUACCUUCUACAAUAGGACUAGUUAACACAGUUGAAGUUCUUCGGCUCGAUCGAAAUUUCUUGACAGGAGAGGUUCCUUCAAAUCUCAAUAACCUUAUUCGCAUCAACGAAUUGAAUUUAGCACACAACAAUUUGUCAGGUCCUUUGCCAGACUUAACUUCAUUGGUUUCCCUCAACUAUGUGGAUCUUAGUAAUAAUUCUUUUGAUCCAUCAGAAGUUCCAAUUUGGUUCUCCACUCUACAAUCACUCACCACUCUUGUUAUGGAGUUUGGAUCUCUUGAAGGUCCUCUUCCAUCAGAACUCUUCAGCAUUCCUCAAAUACAGCAAGUGAAACUAAGAAACAAUGCAGUGAACAAAACCCUAGACAUGGGUGACAGCAUUUGUCCCCAAUUGCAGCUUGUGGACUUACAAGACAACCAGAUUUCAAGGGUAACAGUCGGUUCACAAUACAACAACACAUUGAUGUCAGAAGUUCAAAGAAUUGGAUUUGCAUUGAGUAAUCAAACAUACAAGCCUCCACAUGAUUUUGGACCCUAUUACUUCAUUGCAUCUCCUUAUGCUUUUCCAAAUUCUCACAGAGGAGCCUCUUUUAGCAGAGGUAUUAUUAUUGGGAUAGCAACUGGGAGCAUAUGUCUGAUUCUGUGCCUUAUAGGGUUAGGAGUAUACGCAAUCCUCCAAAAGAAGCGCGCAGAGAAAGCCAUUGGAAUAAGUAGACCAUUCGCAUCCUGGGCACCAAGUGGCAAGGAUAGUGGAGGUGCACCACAAUUGAAGGGAGCAAGAUGGUUUUCUUAUGAUGAACUCAAAAAGGGAACCAACAAUUUCUCUGGAAGCAACGAGUUAGGCUUUGGUGGCUAUGGCAAGGUGUACAAAGGGGUUCUCCGUGAUGGAAAAAUAGUUGCAAUCAAAAGAGCUCAGCAAGGAUCAAUGCAAGGAGGCCUAGAGUUCAAGAAUGAAAUAGAGUUGCUUUCAAGAGUUCAUCACAAGAAUCUUGUUGGCCUUGUGGGAUUCUGCUUUGAACAAGGAGAACAGAUGUUGGUUUACGAAUUUAUCACCAAUGGUUCACUUAGGGAGACUUUGUCAGGGAGAUCUGACAUUCAACUUGAUUGGAAGAGGAGACUUCGUAUCGCUCUUGGUUCGGCUAGAGGACUUGCAUACUUACAUGAACUUGCCAACCCUCCCAUAAUCCACAGAGAUGUGAAGUCAACCAAUAUCUUGCUGGAUGAAAAUUUGACAGCAAAGGUUGCAGAUUUUGGUCUGUCUAAGCUGGUAUCAGACAGUGAGAAAGGCCAUGUCUCAACUCAGGUUAAAGGGACAUUGGGAUAUCUUGAUCCUGAAUAUUACAUGACUCAACAACUAACUGAGAAAAGUGAUGUAUACAGUUUUGGCGUAGUUAUGCUUGAACUGAUAACAUCCAAACAACCAAUUGAAAAGGGUAAGUACAUUGUUCGCGAGGUUCGAACUUUGUCGAACAACAGAGAAGAAGAGUAUUAUGGUUUGAACGAACUAAUGGAUCCAGUGGUGAGAAACACUGCAAACCCAAUAGGAUUCGGGAGAUUCUUAGAGUUGACAAUGCAAUGCGUCGAGGAAUCGGCCGCAAAUCGUCCAACUAUGAGUGAAGUUGUGAAAGCAUUAGAAACCAUAUUGCAUAAUGAUGGAUUGAACACAAAUUCUACUUCUACUUCCUCUUCUGCCAAUGAUUUUGGAGUUUCUAAGGGUGCUGCAAUGAGACAUCCUUAUAUUGAUACUACUUUUACUAAGAAUGACAAUAAUGCCUUUGAUUAUAGUGGAGGGUACACACUUGCAACAAAAGUGGAACCUAAAUAGAUGCCACACAUUUAGUUAGAUGUGUCAUUUUCAUUUUUCAUUCUCUCUAUUUCAAACAAAAACUUUUACUUGUACUCUUUCUCCAUUUAAUCUUUUUGUAUAAGAAAUAUAAUGUUGUGGCCAUAGUUUUCUUUGCAUGGAUUGUUUAGGAAGAAAUGUAGCAAGUCUUUAGUCAAGACUUUUACAAUCAAGUCAUGCAAGUCGUAAGAAUAUUUUUUGUGGGUAAACUAAACCAUACUGCACACGCGCAACUACAUGCAGAGACUACAACUGUAUGAUUUUGACAAAGUAAUUUACAAAACUUGUAUAUUUAAA